AUGGCCGCCAUAUCCUCAUUUCGCCAGAAACUGUGGCCACGCCAUUGCUUGGCUUCGGCGCGUGAACUCGACAUCUACAAUUUGGCCGUGAAGCAGACAGGGAUCCAACCCGUCUCAGACGAGUCGCCACAAUACAACGUGCCGAAAAAAGAGCAUCCAACUAUCGUGCGUGGAUGUAUGAGGCAGCCCUCUACGCGGCCGCCCCAUCCAGAGCAUUCCGUACGGUCUCUACAAACGACGACACCCACUCCACCACCUAAGCCUUCGCCCGCGCCUACUCUCUCGAAGUCAGAAUUACUAGGACUGCCUCGGCUGACGGCAGCCGACGUUGGUGUUGGGGAAGAUUGGAGCCACUUGAACAAGCGCAGGCAACGCGCGAGGAAGGAAAAGGUUGAGCGUGAUCUAAAGUGGAUGUGGACGUUGCAGGCUGCGAAGAGAGAAGCUGCACGGGAAGCAUUAGCGGCUCAGCGCACCAACUUCAUAUACUGCACGCCGACGCCUUUUUUGAAGCAGCAUAAGGUGUUCAUCAUGAUUUUGACCAAUUGGUGGAUGGCUAAAAUGCGUGCAAACACCGCUCACCCACAGGCAAAACCCGUUGGUGAAAUUGAUGCAAAAUCAGAGACUGGACAGCGCGAAUAUAAUCUACGAUGA